UGAGAAUAUGGCGAGAUAUUAUUUCAGUGAUAUUAGAUUAAGGGUAGUACUUUCAGUUUUAUUAAUAAUCACAUUAACUAUAUUAUGUUGGUGGAGUUCUGGGAUAGAACCUGCUUAUAGAAGCGGAGGAAUACCUUACAUUAAACGGGAUUAUGGUAAAAAUAAGAAUAAUCUUGAAAGCAGAGGAAAAGUGGUGAUUAAACGUUAUGAUUUAAGAAUCAUUGCCAUAGUGUAUAACAGAGCUCAUUCUCUUCUGAGAUUGCUUAAUUCUCUAAACGAAGCAGAAUAUGGUCCUGACUCCAUCAAACUCGAGGUGUGGAUUGAUAGAUCGGAAGAAGGAAUUGUUGACCGUGCCACUUUAAUAACGGCUAAACAAUUUUCAUUUAAACAUGGUGAAUAUGAAGUAUUACCCCACCAACAUCAUGUAGGUAUUUAUGGACAAUGGUUUACAACAUGGAAACCCGAUGUGAACAGUUCAGAAAUUGCUGUUAUACUUGAAGACGACUUAACAGUUCCGAAAUAUUUCUGGAGAUAUUUAAAACUAGUUCACCAAAAGUAUGAUAAAAAUGCGGACAUCAAUGGCUACUCUUUGCAAGGUUAUACAAUAACAUUCAGUGAAAAAAAUCAUCACACAUUCCUGACCGGACCAAAAGACAGUAUUGUUUUCCUUUUCCCCGUCGUUGGAGCAUGGGGAUUUUCACCUAGCACUAAGAACUGGAAUCAGUUUUUAUCCUGGUUUAAAACUAAAAAUAUUUCAACUUUUAAACCGUAUGUCCCUGACAAUAUUGCGACAGGCUGGUAUAAGGAUCUGUCUAGCAUGGGAAGAGCAAAUACAAUGUGGGAGAUUUGGCAUAUAUUCUACGCCUGGAAAAAUAAUGAGUUCACACUAUAUUGUAAUUUUCCAGGUCGAACUGGAUUAACAACUAACUGGAGAGAGAAAGGCUUACAUGCGGAAAAAACAGAAGGAUCAUCAAACGCAUUAAUAACAGAAUGGAAGACAGAAUACGACAACUUGCCGGACAACAUAACUUACUUAGACUUAGCAGGAAACGUCAUGGAAUGGAAAUGGAAAUCAACACACAAACCCUACCCCGACAAGGUGUAAAUGAAUGUUACAGGAAACGGCAUUUACAGUUAAAAUUAUGACUCGUAAAUACCGCAUAUCUCAUUUUAGUUAAGGGCCACCCAGAAUAAUUGUUUUCUUUUGUAUUUCCUUGAUGGCAAUUAUAAAUGAUUAGCAUCGUUAAUUUGAUAAACAAUGUAUAGCGGGUUAAUUCUGCGGGCAAAAUAUUCUGCGAUUUUGUCAUAAAAUGGGCUUAGUUUAUUUCUGAAUUUUUAUUUCUGCGUCCUUCGAGAAAAGCAGGAAUUAUUUUUUUUGCGGUUUGUUUAAACCGGAAGUAAAUUCCGUUUAUGGGAAAUAGCUACCGCAAUUACUACAUUUAACGACUCAAAUGCAUAUUGUUCUCGUCAGUUAUGUCUUCGAGGCAUUAUCCAGGUCGGAAUAUAGGACAAUUAAGUGUGCGCAAUUGAUUUAUGUUUAAAUCUGAUUUCUUUUCGUUACCGUGCAUGAUAAAAAAUCAGAGUUAAAAAUAAAUACUGUAGGUCUAGUAACGGUAAUUCAUUCUUACAGACAUUUUCAUGUAAAGUUGUUGGUAGAAAAACUUACGUUUUAUUUACAAAUAUAUACAAAUGCAAAGUCUAGUAUAUAGUUCGUUCACAAUCCAAUCAGUUACAACAGUUACAAAACAAGCAAAUGAUUGUUUGUUUGUUGGUUUUGGGUUUAACGCCGUUUUUCAAUAGUAUUUCAGUUAUGUGUGGGCGAGCAGUAUACCUAACCAGUGUUCCUGGAUUCUGUACUAGUACAAACCUGGUCUCCACAAGUAACUGUCAACUUCCCCACAUGAAUCAGAGGUGGAGGACUAAUGAUUUAAGACUCAAUGUCUUUAUCAAAUCGUUACGGAAAACAUUAAUAUGUGUGCUUGAAAUUGCUUUGUUGUGCUCACAGAAGCCAUAUAAGAUUUUCUAUUGUUUAAGUUUAUUAAGAUAUAAAAUAUCGAUAUAAAGAUAUAAUAAUUGUUCCUUUCUGGUGGGAAAAGGAACCUAUUUGGUUGAAUCAUAAAAAAAUGUUUUUAAGAAGAACUGAACAUUCUUUGUAUUAUGUCAUUUACCGGAAAUUCAAAUCGUGAUACAACCUUAAUCAGUAUUUGAAAAUGCCGAGACUAAAUUUCGAACAGGGGGCCUAAGUGUUGCCAUGCUCGAAUGAGGGCGACAGCAAGAACAAGUCGCUAGACAUUUUCACGUCUGUCGUUUGACAAGACUGCGUUUCUUUCGACGUGUCA